UGGGCAGACCACAAGUUAGGCUCGCUCCACUACCGGCCCUUGCUCCUACCCUAGAGUUCUCUUGCAGUUUUCAGCUUAGGGAAGGGUUACUAUAAUUCAUUGCAAGCCACUUCCAUUGAGAUUUUGUAUUUGCUAGCUUUUGGAAACGCCACUAACAAUCCUCAACAAGUUGCUUACCAUCUGGUUUACGCGAUCUAAAUGUGUACCACACUUGGUGCUUCUUGCCUAGAAUGGAAACUCUUCCUGAAGAAACAAGGUUCAUUUGGAUGUGCAAUAGUUUUAGUUUUACAAAUGCAUCUAGAUACCCUUUCUGCCAUUUUAUCGUGCAGAUGCUCAUAAGAUGAAAUGGUGGGAACCACUCAUCAUUUCACCAUAUCAAAUAUGCACCACAUCGCCACGCACAGCUGAGCAAUUCUAGUUUGUCCUUUAAACCACCUCACUGCACACGUGGCCACCCGUGCAUCACCCUAAUCGCCAAUAUAAACCCCUCAUUGCCAAGCUCCUGCACUCACUCCAAGGCUCCACCAUCUUCUCUGCACAUUGAUCCUCUGUGCAUUGAUCGACCGGAGGAGCAAACCCCAUGACCACCCGCCCCCACCGUUUCCUCCUCCUCCCCGUGCUACUCCUGCUGCUCAGCACCUCCUCUGCGAGCGCCAAUGGUGGCGUCGUCACGGCGGGGAGCGGGAAGGUGAGCAUGGCGCUCUACUAUGAGUCGCUGUGCCCCUUCUCAGCGCACUUCGUGGUGAACAGCCUCACCAGAGUCUUUAAGGAUGGACUCCUUGAUGCCGCGGACCUCACCCUCGUCCCCUACGGCAAUGCCAAGGUGGACGCGCAUGGUGCCAUCACCUGUCAGCAUGGCCCCGAUGAAUGCCUUCUGAACAACGUGGAGGCUUGUGCCAUCGACGCCUGGCCGGAUUUGAAUGUGCAUUUCGGUUUCAUCAACUGCGUGGAGGACCUGGUGAUGAACCGCAAGCGCGAGGAAUGGGAGUCGUGCUUCCAGAAACAGGGGCUUGACCCCAAGCCUGUCAUGGAGUGCUACAACAGUGAUCAAGGCCACAAGCUUUCGCUCAAGUAUGGGAAACAGACUGAUGCGCUUGUGCCCCCGCACAAGUACGUUCCAUGGGUGGUGGUUGAUGGCCAGCCGCUGUACGAGGACUACGAGAACUUCGAAGCUUACGUCUGCAAGGCGUACAAGGGCCAUCCUCCCAAGAUUUGCCAAGGGCUGGGCCGUGACUACCCAAUCGUACAACAGGUGGUGGAGGCUGGCAACGGUGUCACCUACAACUCCGGCGAUUUCGAGCUGGAUGAAGGGGGCGACGACAAGAUUAAGAUGGUGCAGGGUGAUGACAAUUGAUAGAUUGUAUGUCUCCUUUCGGGGAUCCUAUACCGAUAUACAUGAACAUAGGGCUGUUUCAUCUGUCUGUUCAGGUUAAUUAUGAUGUAAGUUAUAAAAGAAAAGCUUAAUUAUGAUGUACAUCGGUAAUAAAGUGAUUUAUGGUGAUGUAAAUUCAUGUUCAAGUUAAUAUGUAGAUAUACAUGAGCAUUGUGAGUUUUAUUUUUCCGUUCAAGUUU